AUGUGCAAACUGGGGCGCGGAACAGAAACACAGAGGCAAACCUCGGAAAGCAAGGCGCAGGGGCGCGGAAUAGGAAAUAAGCGGUACAAUACCGAAAAGGGAACAAUAAUCCAGGGGAAGAAGGAGAUCUCACAGGCCGCCCCUCCCCCUCCCCUCUCCGUGCGGGACUUUGACCUUGAACCUGCAGCCAUGCCAGCCUCCAAAGCCAUCCUCGCCGCAGAAUCCCCUCGAGUACCCAGACUGUCUAAUGGCUCCAAAUUCUGCUCUGGGAGAGUAGAGCUGCUUCACAACACGACCUGGGCAUCAGUGUGUGGUGCUGCGUUCGACUGGCAGGAUGCAGAGGUGGUGUGUCGAGAGCUGGACUGUGGGGCUCCUGUAGAGGUGCUGGGAGCAGCUGCAUUUGGAGAGGGAAAGGGCCAGUUGUGGUCAGAGGAGAUCCAGUGUGGAGGCAACGAGACUCAUAUUCAACUCUGCCCAACAUCUGCUCUGAACCACAGCUGCUCACAUGAGAACGAUGUGGGACUGACUUGCAGAGAUGCUCUAAGGCUGGUGAAUGGUAGCAGUCGCUGCUCUGGAAGAGUGGAAGUUCUCCACAGACAACAGUGGGGCUCGGUGUGUGGUAACGGAUGGGACCCGCGAGACGCUGCAGUGGUGUGUAGAGAGCUGGGCUGUGGAGACGCUAUAGAAGCUCUUAAGGGUGCCUAUUUUGGACCGGGAUCAGGAAGAGUCAAACUGGUGGGCCGUUCUCAUUGCUCUGGGAGAGUGGAGCUGCUUCAUAAGGAGACCAGACACACAGUGUGUGAUGCUGCGUUUGACUGGCAGGAUGCAGAGGUGGUGUGUCGAGACCUAGACUGUGGGGCUCCUGUAGAGGUGCAGGUGUGGUCAGAGGAGAUCCAGUGUCGAGAACACAGAGCUCCCAAGCUUGUGAACGGUUCCCACCAGUGCUCUGGGAGAGUGGAGGUGGAACACGGGAUCACCUGGGGAACAGUGUGUGAUGCUGCGUUUGACUGGCAGGAUGCAGAGGUGGUGUGUCGAGAGCUGGACUGUGGGGCUCUUGUAGAGGUGCUGGGAGCAUCUGCAUUUGGAGAGGGAAAGGAACAGAUGUGGUCAGAGGAGAUCCAGUGUGGAGGCAACGAGACUCAUAUUCAACUCUGCCCAACAUCUGCUCUGAACCACAGCUGCUCACAUGACAGGGAUGUGGGCUUAGUUUGUUCUGGAUACACAGAUGCCAGACUGGCAAAUGGCACUGAUUCCUGCUCGGGCCGAGUGGAGCUCAAGUACCUCAGCGAAUGGGGCACAGUGUGUGAUGCAUCCUGGGAUAUGAAUGCCUCCAGCGUGCUCUGCCAUCAUUUGAACUGUGGGAGAGCUGUGGCUGUUGUAGGGGCAGAGUGGUUUGGUGAGGGGAGUGGAAGCAUCUGGCCUGAUGUGUUUGUGUGUGAGGGGAAUGAAACUGGCCUCUCAGAAUGUGGAAUCUCCUCGUGGAGUCGAGCUGCAUGCUCCCAUAGACAGGAUGCUGGAGUGAUCUGCUCAGGUUCAUCCUUCCCUCUGGACAAUGGGACGGUGCGCUUGUCUGGAAGGAGCCGUUGUGAGGGAGAGGUGGAGGUUCUAUUUAGCCAGAGGUGGAGGAGAGUUCUGCUGGACUCCUGGAAUCGGUCUGAAGCCUCCGUGGUGUGCAGACAGCUGGCAUGCGGUUCUGCUGUUGGGUUCUCUGGUUCUGCUGAGACGGAGGGUGAUGGGUGUGUCUCAGGGUUCCGAUGUUCUGGACAUGAGACUCACCUGGGAAACUGCAGCACUCCUCAGAUGCUAAACUGCAGUUCUAGCCUGCACGUGACCAUCGUCUGCUCAGGCCAUCGGCCAGUCAGGUUGGUGGGAUCUGGAGGAGAUUGUGCCGGCCGGCUGGAGGUGUCACACAACGGCUCAUGGGGGACUGUGUGCGAUGACUCCUGGGACAUAGAGGAUGCCCAGGUAGUGUGCAGACAGCUGCAGUGUGGCACCGCCCUCAGGGCUGAGGUACCUGCAUCCUUUCAUCCAGGAGACGUGCCCAUCUGGCUGAGCGAGGUGGGCUGCGCAGGUGACGAGACGAGCCUGUGGGAGUGUCCCUCAGCAGGGUGGGGACGCCAUGACUGCUCACACAAGGAGGAUGUGUGGGUCAUGUGCUCAGAGUUCAUUCAGCUGAGACAAAACACAAAUGAUUAUGAACCGUGCAAAGGUGUUAUAGAGGUCUAUUACAAUGGCACCUGGGGAAAAAUAUGCUUCAAUGACAUGGACAAAGACACAGGCUCAGUGAUUUGCCAACAGUUAGGCUGUGUUGGUUUUGGAAAGACCUAUGCAGUGGGGUCAACUAUAGGCCAGCGACUGAGCCCUCCCCGGUGUGCUCCAGGGCUGAGGCUUGUAGGGGGUCUCACUCACUGCUCGGGGAGGGUGGAGGUGCUCCUGCAGGGAAAGUGGGGGACGGUUUGUGACGACUCCUGGGACAAGAAGGACGCCCAGGUGGUCUGCAGGCAGCUGGACUGUGGGGAGCCUGUGGAUGUAGGGGGGGAGCAGGGCACAUUUGGGAGGGGAAACGGCGCCAUCUGGCUGGACGAGGUGAACUGCACAGGCAAUGAGCACCACCUGUUGGACUGCUGCCGCGCCCCUCUGAAGCAGAUUGAUUGCACACAUAAGGAGGACGCCUGGGUCAACUGCACAGGUGGGGGAGCGCCAACAUGCUGUAGAUAG